AUCAGCAGCUGGCCCUCCAUUGCACCGAGCGCCUCGCCAGCACAAGGACUUGGCACGAAGCCCUACCCUGACCUCAUCGCCUAAACGGAUUAUUUUUAGGCCUGCAAGCUUGCCAAAUACGAGACCAUGACUGAGGAGAAGAACGGGCUCUCCCACGGCCCCGCAAACAACGAGAUGGCGCCGCAGGAGGAUGGCACCAAAGUCCCUCUCACCGACGAGGCAGGGCAAGUGAAAUUCUCCAGCAACCCUCCCAAUGGAGAUGCCAAGAUUGAUAUUUCCGAUGGCCCGACCUUCAGCGGCCUCACCAAGAAUGAGCUCAUGAAGUAUGCCGAUGACCCCUUCUGGGUGCGGCUGCGCUGGGUGCUCUUCUUCAUCUUCUGGGGGGGCUGGUUGGCCAUGCUGGUGAUGGCCAUCGUCAUCAUCAUUCAAGCCCCACGCUGUGCCCCCAAGGAGACCCUAGAAUGGGUGCAGGAGUCCGCCAUGGUCCAGUUGUAUAUGAAGGUUCCUGUGGAUCCCAACGGUGAUGGAACAUUUGAUCCUCAGGAUGUGGUAAUGAUGGCCAAGGAGCUGGGAGUGACCACUGUGUACCUGGAAGAUUUGAUCAGUGGUCAAGACUUUGAGAAACUGAAUCGUAUCUACGACAAUACGGAUGUGUUGGCUGUGCUGAAGGCUGCCAAUGAAGCUAACCUGCACGUGGUGACUGACUUUGUGCCGUCCACUGUGGAUCAAAACAACGUUUGGGUCACCAACACCUCCUUCUCAGACUUCUUCAUCCCCGGCACAAGAACGCUGGACUUCUCCAAUGAGGGUCUCCUUGACAAGCUUACUGAGAUCUUCAGCACCACCUGGAACAGUCGUGGAGUGCUUGGGUACCUGGUGGAAGACGAGAAUGUGGAUGAAACACUGAAGAAUGCCACGGUCACCAUCACUCAGGGGCUGGCCGAGGAGGAUGGAGCCGUGGUGUAUGGAGCGACAGACGUCAAUCGCGAGCUGAAUACCUUCACUCCUGAGUUGUUCAAGUAUUUCCUUGACCAGCACAUUGACAACUGGGCCUACUACAAGUUCAAUCCGAGGUUGGCUGAGGCGACCUCUGACCCUGACAGUAAAGCCAAGGCCAAGUUGGUGACUAUGACCCUGUUCCUGGUGCCAGGGACUCCCCUCCUGCAAGGCAUUCAGACAGAUUACUUCAAUGCAGAGAAAGGAUUCAUUAAGUCCCUCUCAGAGUUCAGGGGGAAGGAGUCAGUCCAGGUUGGCGACAUGACCUUUGUCAACAGCACCUCAGAGGAUGUCAUAGCCUUCGCCAGAGUAAUGAAGGGGACGCCUGGGUGUGCUGUGGCGGUGAACUUCCACCCCAGCAACAGCACAGAGGUGGACUUCCAGAGCAUCGCGGGGGUGCCGGAGAAAGGAGAUAUGCGAAUCAAAAUAUCUAAUGGCAAUUACACGGGUGGUGAGCUUGGGCGUGCGGAGCUGUCAAGGGUGGUCUUAGAACCCUUACAGGGCGUGGUGGUGCUCUUCGUGCCGAAUCUGGAUUAGUAAGUCUGUUUGGCACGCCACUGACCAUUGUUGGUGGCUUCGCUCGGGACAACGCAGUCCCCUGCAGGCAACUGUUGGGGGCCCACCUGCCCUUACAGCUGAUGCAGCCAUUCCUGUCAAAGUAUUAGUUUUAGCACGUUCUUGUCUCAUGUUCCCGAAAAAUGUAAGCCCCGUAAGGCUCUGAAGGAGAGUGAAGGACUGAGUAAUCAACUGUGAUAACAAUAUUGAGGAAGUUCUGUCUUAUUUUCCUGUCUGAAGUCUUGUAUUCAUUUUAAUUUCUUUUAUAAACGACUUACCAUGAAUUUGUUUUUGGUAUCACUGCAUAUUAAGUUUCUUCAGACAAGAUAUGUACUAGUCAUGUCUGUGAAUAUUCCAGUCUGAUGGUGAACUGAUGAAGAAUGUUUUAUAAUUCUCAGAAUGUUACAUGAAUGAGUUUUGAGUUGGACUGUGAUGACGAAACAUUUAAUUCAUUGACAAUUACUGUGGUUUUAUAAUUUUCUAAAGUUUGAUGAUAUAUGCUUGAUGGAGAAUGUUCAAUGUCACAACACUACACGUUAUUAAGAAGCAAUGGCAGAAAAUUGCCAGUCACUCUAUUCUCGGCUAAGCAGGGGAUCCCCAGCUCUUGCCACGAAAUAAAACAUAUGAAAA